CGGCGGCGCGGAGCCAUGGCGGCAGCGUACCGGCACGGCGGCAGCGCGCCGCGGGGCAGAACCGGGGCCCAGCGCGGCGGGGAGAAGAAGUGCUCGUGGGCAUCCUACAUGACCAACUCGCCCACCCUCAUCGUGAUGAUCGGGCUGCCAGCGCGUGGCAAGACCUACGUCUCCAAGAAGCUGACACGUUACCUCAACUGGAUCGGGGUGCCCACCCGAGUGUUCAAUUUAGGGGUGUAUCGCCGGGAAGCUGUCAAGUCCUACAAAUCCUAUGACUUCUUCAGGCACGAUAACAAAGAAGCGAUGGAGAUCCGCAAACGAUGUGCCUUGGUGGCCCUACAGGACGUGAAGGCGUACCUCCUGGAGGAGUGUGGGCAGAUAGCUGUGUUCGAUGCAACCAACACAACUCGGGAAAGACGGGACCUGAUCUUAAAUUUUGCUAAGGAAAAUGCUUUCAAGGUGUUCUUUGUGGAAUCCGUGUGCGACGAUCCGGAGGUCAUUGCUGCCAACAUCCUGGAGGUGAAAGUCUCCAGCCCCGAUUACCCCGAAAGAAACAGGGAGAAUGUGAUGGAUGACUUCCUGAAGAGAAUCGAGUGCUACAAGGUCACGUACCAACCCCUUGAUCCCGAUGAGUACGACAAAGAUCUUUCCUUCAUUAAAGUGAUCAAUGUGGGACAGCGGUUCCUAGUGAACAGAGUCCAAGAUUACAUCCAGAGCAAAAUCGUCUAUUACCUAAUGAACAUCCACGUGCAGCCACGCACCAUCUACCUCUGCCGGCACGGCGAGAGCGAGUACAACCUCCUUGGCAAGAUUGGAGGGGACUCUGGGCUGUCACCACGCGGCAAGCAGUUUGCACAGGCGCUGAAGAAGUUCAUUGAGGAGCAGGAGAUUGUGGAGCUGAAGGUGUGGACCAGCCAGCUGAAGCGCACCAUCCAGACAGCUGAGUCACUGGGGGUCACCUAUGAACAGUGGAAGAUCCUCAAUGAGAUUGAUGCUGGGGUGUGUGAAGAGAUGACAUAUGCAGAGAUCGAAGCCAAAUACCCUGAUGAGUUUGCCUUGAGGGAUCAGGAGAAAUACCUCUAUCGCUAUCCUGGAGGAGAGUCCUACCAGGACUUGGUUCAGCGCCUGGAGCCCGUAAUUAUGGAGCUGGAGCGGCAGGGCAACGUCCUUGUCAUCUCCCACCAGGCAGUGAUGAGGUGCCUCCUGGCUUACUUUCUGGAUAAGAGUGCAGAUGAGCUGCCCUACCUGCGCUGCCCCCUGCAUGCCAUCCUCAAGCUCACCCCCGUCGCCUACGGUUGUAAAGUGGAGACGAUCAGCCUGAACGUGGAAGCAGUGAACACCCACCGGGACAAACCUUCCCUGAACUCAAGGCUGGCUGGCCUAGAGGUGGAGGGCUGCAAUGGACAGCAGGAGCCUGAUGGGACACGGUGCCAGCUGGGAGCGCAGUGAGCAGUGCCUUCCUGCAGCCAUCCUGUCCUUGUGAGCACUCAGUGUCUGCCAUGGCACUGCAGAAAACUUCCUGAGAAGAUUUUUUCAGCUGCUUUUAACGUGUGUGUGCUUGUGUGUGUGAGCAGCAGGACAUGUGAGUGAGCUUGUCCCCAUGCUUUGAGGCCUCUGGGCCUCUCCCUGCUUGCUGAAGCAACGUUUCUUUGGAAGAUGUUCUCAUCAGACCCAGUUCCCAGGUUUUAUUCAAUCUUUAUCAUCUCUGAGCUCAAACACAGUUACUCAGUGCAAUUUAACAAGCAGAAGCACUCCAGGUAUCGCUUGGCUUCUAUGGCUGUUGCUUUGAAUCCCCCCAGACCUGAGCCUCUUGCUUUACUUUGGGAAGGGUUUUGCAUGUGCUGUGGCAAAAGGCACUUACAGGAUUGUCCAGUCCUACAAGAUGACCCACUGCAGGGGACAAGGACAUGAUGUGCUCACUUGUGCACUCCAUGCUCAUUGCCAUCUUGGAACAGCCAAGCUGCUUCUGGGUUCAAACCCUGCUUUGGUUGUCCACUGCAUGCCUCACCCUGUUCUCUUUUCUCCUGGGCUUUGUGGAUGCUUUUCUCUUGCAGCAAAAAUUCCUCACUCUGCAUUGCACAGCACUGUUUUCUUCCUGCAUUCCAUGCUUACUGUCCUGUUCCCUUUACUUUAGCCAAAACCUCUCACCAUCAGCUUGGAUGUUUUGCACUCAUACAUGCAUCAGAGAAUUGUGGAUUCAUUGACCAAAGCUUAGUCAUGCUAAUUCUGCAGAACAUUUCCUAUUGCUAUACCCAUUUUGAGAUGUUGUUGUUGUCAGAAGGUAGUGAAGGGCCCGGGCUGUGGGUGAGGUGAGGAGCAGCAGUGGGGCCACGUGUGUGUGUGCUGUGUGAUGGUUUUUUACUCGUCUCUUGUACCAAUUUUUAGACCCACAGCACAUUUCUGUACUCACAUGUGAGUAAGCUGUGAAUGUUGCUGAUGUAAUGCUGCCUUUUGUGGAGCUGAAGCUGUUGAAGUAUUUAGGGCACAGGUGGUGCACUCCUUCAGUGCUGGCUGCCUGUUAUUGGGUUGCCCUGCCAAGAGGUGGGGUGAUGACACUCCGAGUUUUCACUUUUCUCUUACGAGUUAUUUGCCAAACUCCAUUUUCUCUCACUCCUAAUGUCCCCCUUGAAAUUAGGGCAAAACUGUCAGGUUUGCAGCCCUGUGAUUAGGUGAAGAAAUGGGCAUUUGGGGUUGAGGAGGAUGCUGUUACAGACCUGCUCCGUCCAACGACUCCAAGAUCUGUGAUCAUGGGACCCAGGCUGUGUGUGUUAAGUGUGUAAAUCAGUGCCCACCCGCAGAUACCUGAGCCCCACACACUCUGCCUGUGCUCAGUGGGCUGAGGCUUACCUGGGGAUUUGUGUUGUAAACACUCCCACAGCUUUUAUUCUCUCAAGCUGAGAUGAGAGGCCACAGCAGAAGCCCCGAACGCUUUAGGAUGUACAGUCUGCAAAAGUUUUAUGUUGAUUUUAACCAGUUAUGCUCCAGAGGGAUGAAAUUCAGGGGGUAAAAAACCAGAGUUUUAUUGGUUUUACUCCUUAGGUUGUUCCCACUGAGCAGUUGUCCUUGUUAGAAAUAAGCCAGGGAUGGGAGGAGAAAGGAAAGGAGAAACAAAAAGUUGAAGGAAGAGUUCUAUAGGCUGCAUAGCAUAGCAGUGAUCCUCCAAUGCACAAACAUGCUGGGGUGGGCUGGCUGCAAACCUGCAGCAUCAGAACCACCAGCAGAUGCCUACUGUGAGCUGUUCACGCACAAUGUGGUGUAAUAACUGGUGGUGAGGAGUUAGGUGUAUGUGUAACGUUAAGGAGCUAAUGGCUGUAAAGAGGCACAGCCAUGUUUUCCUGCCAGAAUUCAUGAAUGUAGCUGAUGAGUGUCGGUAGUCAUCAGUUUUUAAUUGCUGCUUAAUGUCUGCUCUGCAGUGGUGGCUGGCUGUGGGUUGCUGUGCUCCCCAAGCGAUGCUGCAGCAGCUGCAUGCUGGUGCUGGGACAGAGCCAUCUGCAGCAGCCAGACCGUCCCUCAGCGCUUUAAGCCAAAGCACAGCUUCUCCUACUGCAUCUUAACUUAAUACCUGUGUCUGUAAGGCAGAGCAGUGGCAAAUUCCCAGUGCAGGUGAAUGAUAGGGGACAGCGUGGGUGCUGCAGGUCCCAGGUGAGCCUCUGCCCGUGCUGGGUGCCAGGCACUUCCUUGAAACCACCUGACUGCCCUGGCACCGCUCAUGCAAACAGCUCAGGAUAAAUAAGGGUUGCACAAUUUACCUGAAUUUAGGCUUCACGGGGGUUUGCACUGCUGGUCAUACUGUGGUGUUGGGCUGUGUUCAAACGCUCCAAUAGCUCACCAUGGGCUGAAUGUCCAGCGGUGGGCUUGCCUGCUUUGUGAGCAUUGCACCAGCACCAGAUCUUACUCCUGUAUCUCCCUGAUUUCUAUUUCCAUCCGCUUUUGAUGUCAGAGGUGCUCUGUGCUGGUCUCAGGGUGCUGCUCUGCAUUACUGUGUGCUGCUUGCAAGCUGCAUCCUUGUGCUGUGCGUGGGGAGGGUGAUGUUUUGUGUUUCACAGAGUUCUGCUGUGUUACUGCUUUCUAAUGGUCUUUUUUUCUAGGUUUUAAAGAAAAAAGCAAUGUAUGCAGAGUUGUUGUGUUGUGUACCCUUUGCACUUACGCACAAUUACCCCAUGAGCGUUUAUUUACAAUACAGAGGUUUUAAAAAUAAAAUCUUGUUUCCUCUCCC